AUGCUGCUCCAAUUGAGCCGCCUUCAAACGUCGGCCAAUUUCCGGUCGCUGGGUUUUAGACGGUUUGUCUCGUCGCAUUCUCACUCAGAUGCCAAAAUCGAGAGAAAACCCGACAAUUACAGGUACUUGCGCUAUUUUUGCAGCUGGCAGAGCUAGUUUCUGUGUUUCCAGACCUGGUUCCGACUCGUAUGCAUAUGAAAACCCAUGGCCGAAGUUGAAUGGCGGACGUCUUGAUUGGCUUUUCGGAGACGGAUGGAGAAGACCGCUGGCCAAGGACCAGGGAGCCAAAAUGGUUUGUUUUGUACAGUAUGAUCAGAAAACUUCGUUUUUUUUACAGAGAAGAGAGUGGAUUUGGUUCUCGCAAGUGGCACAUGAUGAGCACAAAGAUUGGGCUCGCUUCCACCAGGCCGCGUUCCUUCUGUUCACCGUCCUCACCACCUGGUUCACCUGCUGGAUCAUGUUCGCUCGCCCAGAUUGGUAAUUGAGUUUGUUCACAAUAAACAAAAUAACAGAAAAGAGUUUAUAGGCCAAUGGGAAGAGAGUGGGCUCUCCGAGAGGCUCAUUUAGAAAUAGCAAGACGUGAGAAGGCGGGACUCCCACUCAUCAGUCCUGACCUCAUCCCGAGGUAAUUCUGAAAAGAUUCAAGAGAUGCACAAAAUACUAUUGUCUUCAGAGAGCGCGUGACUGCUACUCUUCCAUCCGAUGAGGAGCUCCGCGACUUCGACGUGCUCAUCUAA